GGAGUGUGUGUGUGUGUAUGUGUAUGUCACAAAUGUACUUUUUACAUUAUUUUUCAACAGCAUACCGUGUUAAUCAAAUUCAAUUCAAAGUUUUGUAGCAUCCUAGCACUCUUGUCAAUGCCAAUCCCUCAUUGGCUUUGUUUAUACAUGUGACAGGUGUCAAUCACCAUACAGGAUGAGAAUGACAACAGUCCAGAGUUUGAUAUCACAUCUGAUUCAUUGGUGGAGAUUCCAGAGAACACACCCAUCGGGAAGAGAGUGGCUAUGGUGCUGGGGCGCGACAAAGAUGCCGGGAAUAAUGGACUGGUGAAGUUCAGUCUGGUGGCAGGGAACAUGCAGGAUGUGUUUGAGAUCCGGACAGUGAACCACACCUAUGGAGAGAUCUACGUCAACUUCCCUUUGGACCGAGAGUCUGUUGACCGCUACCUGCUCAAGGUGCGUGCCAUGGACAGCGGCGUGCCUCCCCGCUACAGAGAUGUCCCUCUCACCAUCAACAUCCUGGACGUCAAUGACAACACACCCGUCAUCGAGAGCCAGGGGGGCUACAAUGUCACCAUCAGCGAGAAUGUGGGAGGUGGUACGUCUGUCCUGCGCGUGUUGGCCACGGACCGUGACAUUGGGCCCAACGCCAUGCUCUUCUACUACAUCACCUCGGGUAACAAGGACCUCACCUUCCGUAUGGACCGCAUGACCGGCGAGAUGGUGACCCGACCAUCCCCACCUGACCGCGAGCGCCAGCAGGAAUACCGGCUGAGCAUGAUGGUAGAGGACGACGGCACGCCGUCACUAUCGUCAUCGACCACCAUCUACGUGCGUAUAGUGGAUGAGAAUGACAACGUGCCAAAGUUUCCAGAGGAAGAGUAUGUGACGGUGCUGAGCGAGGGGCCCGACACCGUGGGUGCCACUAUCGCCACGUUAACCGCCAUCGACCCAGACGAGGGCCUCAAUGGCACCCUGCGAUAUGCCAUCGUCCACGGAAACCUGGCCACCACCUUCCACAUCAAUCACACUACCGGAAAGAUUGUUGCAGUGAAGGAGCUGGACUUUGAGAUCAGCAAUGGGCACUACGCACUUGUCGUGACAGCAACGGACCAGUGCCCCAUCCAGGCCCUCCGCCUGACUUCCAGCACCACGGUGUUGGUGAAUGUCCUGGAUGUGAACGAUGUGACCCCCACCUUCCCCAAGGCCUAUGAGGGGCCCUUUGAGAUAACAGAGGGCCAGCCGGGGCCCCGGGUCUGGACCGUCAAGGCCACCGACCAGGACUCUGGACUCAACGGCAAAGUGGAGUACAGCAUCACUGCCGGAGACCCUCAGAAUGAGUUUGUGGUAUCUCCAGUGGAGGGAGAGCUGCGUGUGAGGAGAGAUGUGGAGCUGGACAGAGAGACCACACCCUUCUACAACAUCACUGUCAUGGCCAAAGACCUGGGCAACCCACCACGCAGCAGCAUGGUGGUGGUGGGUGUCCAUGUGCUGGACAUCAAUGACAACGACCCCAUUCUGUUCAACCUGCCCCACAACACCAGUGUGAGAGAGGGGGCGUUCAUCCACACUUCGGUUACCACGGUCCAAGCACGGGACGUGGACAGUGGACGCAACGCCCUGCUCACCUACAACAUCACUGCCGGAAACCACGAUGGAGCCUUCUACAUCAAUGACACUACAGGGGUGGUGCAGGUGAACAGGCCUCUGGACAGAGAGAGGGUGGGGGAGUACAGACUGACCAUCACCGUCAAAGACAACCCUGAGAAUCCCCGCAUCGCUCGCCGGGACUCAGACCUGCUGGUGAUCACAGUUCUGGAUGAUAAUGACAACAGGCCCAUAUUCACACAGACCAGCUACCGGGCUGAGAUCACUGAGAACUCCCCCUCAGGCAGUGCUGUGUCAGUGUUGAAUGGGCCAGUGUUGGCUGAGGAUAAAGACAUUGGGCCCAACGCUGUGGUCAGGUACCGUUUGCUGGGAACAAGACUGGACCUCUUCACUGUGGACUCUGAUACAGGUGUGGUGCGUGUGCGACCGAAGGCUCUGUUGGACCGCGAGGCGUUUGUGGAGCCGCGGGUGGAGCUGCUACUGGUGGGGGAGGAUGUGGGGGGGCUCAACAGCAGCGUGCCCCUCACUGUGACUAUCAUGGACCAGAACGACAACCCUCCUGUCUUUAAUCCACCCAGCCUCACUGUGCACCUCCCUGAGAACAGCCCCACUGGUGUGGUGGUGACCCAGCUGUCUGCCAGUGACGCUGAUUCGGGCUCUAACGCCUGGCUACUCUACCGGCUGGAGAGCGGUGCCCAGGACCGCUUCAUAGUUGACUCCCUCUCUGGUGCCGUCCUGGUGGGCAACGCCACCCUCGACCGCGAGGAGCGUGGCUCCUACCGUCUGGUCGUCGUGGCUACCGACCGUGGCACACCCUCAUUGUCGGGCACGGCCACCCUGUCGGUCAUCCUGGAUGACGUCAACGACUCGCGACCGCGUUUCCUGGAACCUGUGACAACUAUUAACAUAAAUGAGUCUACGGCGCCGGGCGUGGUGGUGGCAACGCUCACUGCGAAUGACCCUGACCUACGACCCCGGCUGGAAUAUUACAUAAUCUCUGUGGAGGCGAAGGAUGAUGGGAAUAAACCUGUUGUUGGGCUGCAAGAGUCAUUCGGCAUAGAUUUCCACACGGGCGCUGUGUUUGUGCGUAAACCACUCAACAGAGAGCUGGUGGCCACCUUUGAGAUCCUUGUGUCGGUGCAUGACAACGCCAGUGAUGUCAUCGACAUGUCAGUCAGCGUACCAAAUGCGAGACUGAUAGUGAACGUGCUGGAUGUGAAUGACAACGCCCCGCGGUUCAGACCCUUUGGAGUGGCCAACUUCUCAGAGAAGAUUCUGGAAGGCGCUCAGCCAGGCACCACUCUGCUGUCCGUGUCAGCCGUGGACCCAGACAAAGGCCCUAACGGACAGAUCAUCUACCAGCUGCUACACCUGCCCCGAGGGGACUACCUCAGACUGGAGGACCCCUCAACUGGUAAGAUUGUAGCCAACCGGACGGUGGACUUUGAGCAGGUGCAGUGGCUGAACUUCACAGUGAGAGCCCAGGACCACGGCAGUCCACCCAGAGUGGCAGAGCUUCCUGUCUACCUGCGUAUUGUAGAUGUCAAUGAUAACAACCCCAUCUUUACACAACCCUCUUACCAGAAGCCAGUGUUUGAGGAUGUUGACUUGGGCACGGUCUUAUUGAGAGUCAGUGCCACAGAUGCAGACUCUGGCCUCUUCUCUGUCAUCGAAUACGGCCUAGUAGAUGGAGAGGGCAAGUUUGGCAUCACUCCCUCCACUGGUGACAUCUACAUUCUGUCUCCACUGGACAGAGAGACUAAAGACCACUACACCCUGACGGCCAUCGCUAGGGACAACCCUGGGGGCAGCCCCAACAACCGACGAGAGAACUCUGUUCAGGUCUUGGUGACCGUUCUGGAUGUGAAUGACUUCCGUCCACGGUUCUCCGUGCGGGUCUUUGAGACCAGUGUGUUUGAGAACGAGCCCAGUGGAACGUCUGUGAUCACGCUGACUGCCACUGACUUGGAUGAGGGGCAGAACGGCCUGCUCUCUUACAGCCUGCAGGGCCCGGGGGCAGAUGCCUUCUCUCUGGACGCUGACACAGGCCUGGUGCGUUCUCUCCGUCUGCUGCAGUCCUUUGAGCACUUUAACUUGACAGUGGUGGCUACAGACCAGGGCAGACCACCCCUCUGGGGCACCGCCGUCUUACGCAUCAUCGUCAUAGAUGUCAACGAUAACAGGCCCAUGUUUGUCAGGCCCACCAACGGCACCAUCAUGCAUAUCAUGGAGGAGCAGCCCCCAGGCCUGCUGGUGUAUGAGGUGUUUGCGACAGAUGGGGAUGAGGGGGUGAAUGGAGAGGUGCGCUAUGCCUUCCUCCAGACAGGAGCUGGAAACAGAGACUGGGAGAACUUCCACAUUGAUGCUAUUACAGGAGUCAUCACCACCGCCAUCAAACUGGACCGAGAGAAGCAGGCCCUGCACAGUCUGAUUGUUGUGGCCUAUGACCUGGGUCAGCCCGUGCCUUAUGAGACCACCCAGCCCUUACAGGUGGCGCUGUUGGACAUCGAUGACAACGAGCCUGUCUUCUUUAAGCCCCCGCGAGGCAGCCUGCCGUACCAGACUCUGUCUGUGGCAGAGCACUCUACUCCAGGGACAGUAGUGGGUAACGUGACAGGAGCUGUGGACGCAGAUGAAGGCUCCAACGCUGUAGUCUACUUCUUCAUUGCAGGGGGAGAUACUGAAGGUAACUUUGGCCUGAGCCCAGGGGGCAUACUGAAGGUGAAGAAGGAUCUGGACCGUGAGGACAUCUCAGUGUACUCCAUCAUCGUCAAGGCCUCCAGCCAAAGGAACUGGGCCCUUGCCGGGGGUCAAAGGUCAGCCUGGGGCAGAGCCCUUGACCCCAGCCGUGACCCAACCCUGCAGGAGGUCAGAAUCUACCUGGAGGACAUCAACGACCAGCCACCGCGCUUCACCAAGCUAGAGUACACUACAGGUGUCGCUGCUGAUGCCAAGGUGGGCUCAGAUCUGAUCCGGGUACAGGCUAUAGACAACGAUGUAGGGAACAACAGCCUGGUGCUGUACCAUGUCCUGUCCAUUCGCUACAUUAAACUCCAGUCCAAUGACUCUGAUUACAUAGGAAACGUCUUCAUCAUAGGAGAGAAAGAUGGGAUCAUCCGUACCUUUGACCUGUUCAUGGCUUACGACCCGGGAUACUUUGUGGUGGAGGUGUUGGCACGGGACCUGGCGGGCCACAGUGACAUCGCCAUGGUGGGCAUCUACAUCCUGCGGGACGACCAGCGGGUGAAGAUCGUCAUCAACGAGAUACCCGAGCGUGUACGACAGUUCCAGGAGGAGUUUGUCAACUUGCUGUCCAACAUCACCGGAGCCAUAGUCAACACGGACGAUGUGCAGUUCCACGUGGACAAGAAGGGCAGCGUGAACUUUUCCCAGACAGAUGUGCUCAUACACGUUGUCAACAAGCAGACCAACCGCAUCCUGGACGUGGAAAAGGUGAUUCAGAUGAUUGAUGAGAACAAGGAACAGCUGAGGAACCUGUUCAGGAAUUACAACAUCCUGGAUGUCCAGCCUGCCGUCAGCGGGAGAGCACCUGAUGACCUCACAACGCUACAGAUGGCCAUCAUUAUCCUAGCUGUGUUGCUCUUCUUGGCAGCCAUGUUGUUCAUCUUCAUGAACUGGUACUAUCGCACAGUACACAAGAGGAAGCUGAAAGCCAUUGUAGCAGGAUCCACAGGGAAGCAAGGUCUCAUGGACAUCCUGGAUAUGCCGAACACCAAUAAAUACUCAUUUGAGGGGGCCAACCCUGUGUGGCUAGACCCGUUCUGUCGGAACCUGGAGCUAGCUGCCCAGGCAGAGCACGAAGACGACCUGCCGGAAAACCUCAGUGAGAUCACUGACCUGUGGAACAGCCCUGCUCCCACUCACGGAACAUUUGGCCGCGAGCCUCAGGUCAAGCCUGAGGAUGACCGCUACCUGAGGGCAGCCAUCCAGGAGUAUGACAACAUCUCCAAGCUGGGCCAGAUCAUGAGGGAGGGGCCCAUUAAGGGCUCAUUGCUCAAUGUGGUUCUGGACGACUACCUGAGGCUCAAAAAGCUCUUUGCAGCCAGACUGGUCACCAAGUCGACCAGCCAAGGCGACCAAUCGUCAGUCACAGAGUUGAUCCAGAGUGACCUGGAUGAUGACGAGGAUGAGCGAGUGGGCAUGGGUGGCAGCUGGGGCACGCUGCGCUUCAAACACAAGCUCCCCGUGGAGAUGAGGGGACCCGACGGUGUGCACGUUGUCCACGGCAGCACGGGCACGCUCCUGUCCUCUGACCUCAACAGUCUGCCUGAGGACAACCAGCUGGCCCUGGCGCGCUCCAUGGAGGCGCUUAACGCCACUGACAGUGGGCUGUACGCCGAGCGCAACGCCCGUACCGAGUCGGCCAAGUCCACACCGCUGCACCGCAACAACAAGGACGAUGACACACUGUCCGAGAGCCCGCUGGAGAUCACAGAGUUAUGACUAGCCGAAGCCUCGCUGGUCUGAGAAGAUCCACCACUGAGUGGACUGUCCUCCUGUCCCCCUGCCUCUUCCUCUAUCCUCGCCUCAAAGACUGAGGGCCAGACACUGACCACUGUGACCAGUAUACAGCCAGGGGAGAUUUGGGAAAGCGGGUAGAGGGCCAGGGGUUGGAGGAGGUGGAGUGUGUGCAGUCUGGGAACUUCAAAUGCCAGUGAAGAUCUUUGUGAGCCAUGGAUGGCAUGUGUGAGGGAUUUUUAUUUGGUUUAAUGUCUGAUGGUGGAUCAAAGGCAUAGGCCUAUGUGUCAAUCGAAGACCUGGAACAUAGAAUAGCAAAGCAAACUGAAAGACUACUAAGAUAAAACAUUUUGAUAACUAGGACAUUAUGGCCAGCUUGUCUGGGACACCCUCUCUUGCAGGACCCUAUUUGGUCUCCUACACAUUCAUCUAAGAUCCAGGUGUCCAGCUAACAACAAACAUUUCCACACCUUUAGAGAACGUUCCCUUAGGAGUCUCAUUAGAUCAUUAGCAGGUGGUGUAAAGUACUUAAGUAAAA